UCUUAUUUUCAUCUUUCUAGAGAGAGAAUCAAGAGAGAGAGAGAGAGAGAGAGAGAGUAGAGAUGUUGAAAGCAAUUUUAACAUUUCUCAUAUUCAACCUAGCCAUAAGCCCAACAAGAUCCAACACUCACUUCAUCCACAAAUCAUGCAACACCACAUUGUACCCUGAGCUUUGCUACUUGUACCUCUCGCCGUUCUCAACCAGGAUCGGAACCAGCCCAAGACUCUUGGCCCAAACCGCUCUAGCCGCAACCCUCAGCAACACACGGAAGACCUUGAAAACACUAAGAACUUACACGAAAACCCACAAAAUGACGAAAAGAGAACUCGGCGCUAUGAAGGAUUGCCUUGAGGAGAUUGAUGAUUCGGCUUACGAGCUCCACUUAUCUAUGGUGGAAAUGGGUAAAGUCCGAUCCGGACCCAACUUUUUGUAUAAUAUGAAUAGUAUAGAAACAUGGGUCAGCGCUGCGCUGACGGAUGAUGAUACAUGUAUAGAUGGUUUUUCCGAACGCGGUAUGAAUGGAGAGGUCAAGACCAUGGUUCGUAAACAUGUUUCGACCAUUUCGCACCUGGCUAGCAUCGCCCUCGCUUUUGUUAACAAAUAUGCAAACGGGUAACUCGUUGUUUCAAGGGUCGAGGGAUUUAUAGUUAAGUUUAUAUAGUUUUCCUCGAUGUUAAUUAUCAAAUAAUGUUAAUACCAUUUGAGCAUAGAUCUUAUCGAAACCCCACACGUUUUUUUUACAUUUGUUACAAGCACAUGAUAAAAACAUAUGUAUAUUUUUAUAUACAUAGCGUUUCUUUUUA